AUGUCUCAAAGUAGAGGAAUCGAUACUUUCAACAAUCAAGAGGACUAUGUAGAUCCUUUCCCUGUUUUUGACGUGCCGAACUGCAAGUGCGGAGUUGAAGCGAAAGUGAUGGUUGCCUGGACUGAAAAAAAUCCUGGUCGAAGGUUCUUCCGUUGCGCCAAUUGGAAGUCGAGACAAUGCACAUUCUUCAGUUGGUAUGAUGAAGAAUAUGCUCCCCACAUUAAGCAUAUGCUAACAACAAUGAGAAGGGAGAAAGAGGCGCUGCUGAGAGAAGAGGAGAAGCUUAAAGGUGAAUUGUUCUACCAAAAAUAUCUGAAUAAUAGAUCCACCGUUCUUGACUCAAUUGCUAUGGAGACUGAGAUUGAACAACUAACGGGAAAUACUGCCAGAAUGAUUGAAUUGGAGAAAGAGAACAAGGAAUUGAAGUAUGAGAAGGGCUUAUUCAAAAAGUCUCUCAUUGCAGUUGUUGUUCUAUGCUUGUGCAUUGUCCUUGCUAUGACUAUUUAG